AUGACGCGAGCUGCCGCACCGCCGAUUCUGGAGCAGCUCCAAAGCGCCGAAUCGGUCUCUGCUCAGAUUACAGCUCUACGAGCUUUGAAAAAUGAACUGAUCGGCCAUGACCAGCGCAAGGAGGCCCUCGUUGCUGAGGGUAUCAUACCCGCCCUCUCACAGGUGCUGACGUCGAGAUGGCCGGCAACGAAUCAGAAUGAAACCGCACUUCCCCAAGACCGAUCAACCCAGAAAAGCCCAGAAGACUGUGAGGCCUGUCUUCAAGCAACUUUGGUUGUGGGAAGCUUGGCACAAGGUGGACCGACCUUUCUUACUCCGAUAUUUGCCAGCAACAUAUUGCCGAACGUUCUUUCAAUACUUGCGUCAGAAGAUUGCCCAGAAUCCUUCUGUCUUCCCAUUCUACGGCUUCUGAACACAAUUGCAGACCGACUACCGCUGCAAAGUCAGGAAAAAUGGCCUCGAGACACCCAGCUCGCUGAUCUGGUCUUUUCGGCCUCAAAUGUCUACUCUCUCAAACGAAUUAUCCUCCAGGAAUACAAGAACCUGCGCAGCCAGGCCGCCAUUGAGCUAUCUGCAGCCCUGAUCGGCAAACUUUGCACCGAGGAAGCUCAUAAGACAGCCAUUGCUCUAUCUGGGACUCUGGAUGCCCUGGCUCUCAAGGUUGCCUCGUUCGUUGUGGCUCAAGGAUUUGUUCUACCUGGUGCAGAGGGCGAUCUACCACUCCCGGCCCCAGAAUCCGCCCGUCUUGCGCCAAUUCUGCGGGCAGUUAGUGUUACUAUUGAGCAGUCUAAGUGGAGGGCUGAACACUUUUUGUCCUCGCCAGGUAUCACCAUGGUGUUCCCAAAACAAGUUCCAGACUUUGCACCGGCAGACAUCAAGAAAGCUCCCUGGGGCCAUACUUAUCUGUCUGGCUCUGCAGUACCCCGCCACCCCGGAGCUAAUCCCAUAGAUCAGCUUUUGCCCUCAAUUCCCCAAGCACACGUCAAGUCAUCGUCCAGCUCUACUAAUUUUCCACCUCUUGGCUACGGGGGCUCACAACGCCGACACAGCCAUUCUUUCCCGACAGCAUUUUCACUUCCUGAGACACCUACCCCGGAAGACGAUGAGAACUCUAUUGUGCCCUGGCUCAUCUAUAUUAUCCGCUCAGAAAGUGGCAUGGUGCGACUGAUGUCUGCCCGUCUCGUCACAGCGCUCUUUAGAUUAGGGCUCGCCAAGAAACACAGAGUUUCGACCUUCAGUUAUCUGUUGAUCCCCGCUUUGGUUGAGAUGCUCAACAAAGAUUUCCGCAUAUCAGAAGAAGAUGGUGCUAACUACGACGGCCUGCUCCCGCCGAUCCAACGCCUCAAAGAAGAGGCACCGGCAGUGCUAGCCAGCUUGGUGAUGGACGACCAGGAGCUGCAGAGACAUGCAGUGGAAGGUAACGCGCUCAAGAGAUUGUCACAACUCCUCAAGGAAACCUACAAUCCUGUUCCAGACAGCAACCGGCCGAUGUGGAGUGCAGAGGAUGCCCCGGCCCGGGAUCUUGAGUCACUUCCAUUGGAGUGCCGGCUCGGGCCUUCAGGCUACUCCCCGGCUCUAUGUCAUAUAAUGCGUUACCGAGAGAACAUUCUGAAGGCAUUGGCGGCGCUCGUUCCAUUCAAAGAUGAGUACCGCAAAGCGAUUUGCGAGCAAGGCGUGGUACCUUACAUUAUCGAUGCACUCAAGCCACGGCCUAGUGAUGCGCCGGCCGACACCUCGAUGCCCAAAAAUACUGCAGAGGAUGGCAACCCAAUCCCUACAAUUCUAGCUGCUUGUGGCACAGCUCGCAUGCUGACAAGAUCGGUGAGUGUGUUGAGGACAAGCCUUAUCGAUGCUGGUGUGGCUGAGCCACUGUUCGCCCUCAUUCGACAUUCCGACAUAGAAGUACAAAUUGCAGCUACAGCAACAAUCUCCAACUUGGCUUUGGACUUUAGCCCCAUGAGAGAGUCCAUAGUUUCUGCCAACAUCAUUCCCAUUCUUUGCGAACACGCCCGCUCACCCAACAUCAAACUACAGAUUGAAUCAUUAUGGGCAAUCAAGCACCUGGUCUAUGACACUACAAUCGACAUCAGAAUAAAGAUCGUUGAGAAUCUUACACCCCAAUGGAUUAUGCAGGUCCUCUCCCGGGAUCCAGUCCGUGCAGUGUCCAGACAGAGCGUGGAAGAAGAGAUAGACCAGAACGCCGGGAUUGCGAUGGGUCGAUCUAACUCGGCGGGGGAACAGGUCGACAUUCUGAACCCAAUGGAAGCGUCCGCUCAAUGGGAUGAAGAUUUCAAGAUGACUGAUACCAUGCCUCCUUCGAAGAUGAGCCUGGAAAUGUUUGUGCAAGAUGCAAGCCGUCGACGCAAACUUGUUCUGAACGGAUCUCUGGCGCAGACGACACAGUCUCGGCACGACGACAUUGCUGUUCAAGAGCAGACAUUCGACCUGCUACGCAACGUUACCUGUGGCGACCACGCCACCGAGAUGAUCGACUAUCUCUUCAAAGAGAUCGGUCAGAAUGAGUUUCUGGAUACAAUCGCGGAAGCUCUUCGACCACGAACCAUCCAGCUCCCCCACCGCCGAGAAGUGAGCAGUCAGGCCAACCAAAACCUCCGCGUCCCCAAGGAAAUCAUCAUCGCAGUCGCCGCCCUCCUCAUUCAUUUGGCAGCCGGACACCCACGCCACCGCCGUGCUGUUACAUUCCACCGGAGCAUAUUGCCUCAUCUGGCGAACUACCUCAACCAUCCCAAUAAAGAUGUGCGACGAACCUGUGUCUGGGUGACUAUCAACCUUGCUUUCGAGGAAGAUCAGAAUGACUUCGAGGGCUGCCGGGAGCGAGCAAUCCGGCUUCGCUCGCUUGGAUUUGGGGAACGGUUGGCUGCUCUUCAGGACGAUGUAGACCUGGAUAUAAGGGAGCGCAUUAAAGUUGUGCUGCAUUUCUUGAACAGAUUGGCCCCUACCUCAUAA